UGCUGAAGACAAUCAGGAAACACAGCAUACAUAUUUCUACCAGUUAAUAAUGGAGAAAGAUGAAAGACUAGUUCUACCAACAACACAACAGUUAUUUGAACUAUCAUUUCUACAGAUUGGUAUCAAGCUUAAAGAGGUGCCAUCUUGUUUGAUCAUUCAGAUGCCAAGAUUUGGAAAAGAUUAUAAGAUGUACAAACGCAUACUGCCUAGUCUAGAGCUUGAUAUUACAGACGUUUUAGAAAAUGCACCCCGAGAAUGUAUUAUAUGUGGAGAUCUGGCAGCAUUUGAAUGUAAAGAGUGCUACCAGGUACAUGGGGCAGGUCUAAACACUAUUGCUUUUUGUGAUGGAUGUAAAAAAACAAGUCAUCAGCAUAAACUACGUGUGAAUCACAGAUGUAGAAAAAUAAGUGUACCACCAGCUUACCGGGACUUGUACUUGAGUCGUAAAGUUAGUGAGGGAAGGCCUAUUCCCAUACCUCGAGAAAAGAUGGAACUGUUUGCUGUCAUCUGUAUACAGACAAGCCAUUAUGUAUCAUUUGUGAAAACUGGCAAGGGUAGAGAUGCUAAGUGGAUCUUCUUUGAUUCAAUGGCAGACAGAAUGGGUGAACAAAGUGGAUACAAUAUUCCUGAGGUACGUGAAUGCAGUGAAAUCCCACGUUGGUUGUCAGAUGAAUGUUACAAUGACAUUAUGAAGUAUCCAGAAGAUAAAACUCUUCCAGAACAUAUGAGACGUCUUAUUUGUGAUGCCUAUAUUUGCAUGUACCAAAGUCCUCAAGUUAUGAUGUUUAAAUAAGGAAAUUCUUAAAUGUUAGUUGUGAUGCUGUGGAAGUACAUGUAGCAAUAUCAUAAA